CAAAAUGGUUUUUGUAAACUGUUUUGUUUACAUUGUCAGUGACCCUUUUGAUUUUAUCUAUUCCGUGUAAAAACCAUAGCAGCCAUAUUGGUAUUAUCACAAGUUUUGCGUUAUGUUAUCAAUAAUUCCACAAGUGUUCACUACGUCACAGUAUAACAGUAAAUAUAGCGCCAACUACAAAGUUUAUUUUAACUGAACUGUAAAUUGACAAUUUUUUUUUUCAUGGUACGUAGUUGGUGUUGUGUUAACUAAAUGAUUAUCUUAGUCAAAUAAUUCUUACUUUUAAUAGUAUGGCUGGAAAAAAAGUAAACUCUGAACCAUAUGAAAUGUAUUACAGCGAUAAUGGAAGCGAUACAUCUCAUUCGUCUUGUGAAUGUAGCGAUGUCAAUUCUAACGUUUCUCAUUUUGAAUGGGAAAAUGAAAUAAACGACAAUGGUGAACUCUUUUAUAUUAAAAGUUCUCCCCGAAAACUGAAUGAUUUUGGCAAGCAUAGCGUUGAAUUAGCUAAUACUGAAAAAAAAACUAAAACCACUGCUAGUAAAUUAGUUAGGCUGCUAAAACGAAGAAAAAGAGAAAGAGGUAGAAAUGAUAGUUUUAAACAUACUGGGAACACAAACAAAGUUACCUUUUUGGAUACACAGGAAGGUGAAAUUAGAGAAGUUACAAUUGACGUUGGAGAUGAUGCUUGUAGUAAUCUUGGGAGGAGAGCAACAUUAUCUGAAAGAUUGUUAGGUUUAUGUACCACAGUUUUUAAGGAUGGUACCCGUGUAAUGGUUGCAUCUACCAUUCCCAAUAGUUUUGUUGACAAUCAGAGAAUAAUAAAAAUAGGAGACUGGCUUAAAAUAAUAAAUGGAAAAAAUGUAACGGCAAGUACACUAGAUGAAAUCUUGUCAAGUAUAAGCCUUCCAACUACAGUCAGAUUAGUAGUUCAGAGAGUGUCGGCUAGUUUGGUGGAUAUGAAUAAGAAUGUUAGCCUGCAAUUAUCAAAUUAUUUACUAUCAAAAAAGGAUAAUGAGGAAUUCACAUCUGAACUGGUGAAGUGUCCAAUUACAGCAUUGUACCUGUUAACCGAUAAAUCUGAUGCUAUCUAUAUUUUUCCUAAUUCAUCGUCGGUUUUCAAUAAAAUUAGAGGAGCUUUUCAGACUAUACUACAUAUUGUUCCACAGAUAGUAAAACAUCAAGUUCAAAGCACAUCAAUGUUGUAUAAUGAUCAGCUUGUCCAUGUGUUAUUUUGGACUGAAGGAAAAGGUACAUUAUUAUUUAUUGUACCAAAUGCAAAAUUAUGUUUAAUAUAUGCCAAAUGGACAAUAGCUAAUAUUGUAAGAAAUUUAUGUUUUUGCUACAAAAAUUUGAAUAGUUGUUUUACAAAUACUGCAAAUUUUCCAUCAUUAGAUAAAUACUUUUCAAUUGUAUUCUCAGAGCUGCUAAGCAUCAACAUGUAUCAAAAUAUUGUUGAUUUGAAAAAAAUGAAAAAAUACAUUCCCGCUUCUAUGACCAUUCCUCUAGUAAGAAGUAUGCAAAUGGAGUUGGAUGAUAUAUUGAAUGAAUUUGAAGCAAAUUACAUGUAUGAAGACACUAGAGAACCUAGACCGUAUAUUAUAAUUGGGACGUCAGUGUAUUAUAAGGAAUACUUAUUGUCUACACAUCUAAACUAUGAAGAUCAUUUAGAUAUUCAUAUGUUCUGUCAACAAAAAGGUCUUUUUCAUUUGUUGAAUACGGAAUACCUAGAACGCCUAAUAAUAUUUCAACAAGUGCAUCCAUCUUCAAGUAGAUCAAAUUAUUCUGUAUCUGGGUCCGUUUAUACAUUGCCUAAAGCUAAAUGGUAUUUAUUGUUAGUUGGAAGAGGAUACAACCUGUUGGCAACAUUACUAGAAAUCGGACACUAUCUUGUAACUGAAACAAGUGAUGGUCCUUGUGCGGAUUAUGUUGAAGAAGCUGAAAAUACACUUGAAAACAUAAUCAAUAUGAAUAUUGAUGAAUUUGCCGAAAAAUGGAUCGAAGGCAAUGUAAAUGAUGCAAAUCAAGAAUUUGUUAAAAACUCAACAUCGAAUAUCAGUGGAAAUAAUAAAACGGCCAAUGGUUGGUCUCCAAUAAAAAAAACAGAAAUUACUUCAAUAUUAAAACAUAAAAACGAUACAUCAACUUCACAGUUGUUAUACACUGAUUCAAGACAACUGGACUCAUUGUCAGAAACAAGUUUAACAAGUAGUGGUGCACAAAGCACUGAAGAUAGUUUAUAUACUACACAAGGCCCAGUGCUGGGGCGUCGAGCUGAACGCAUGAUGAAAGCAUCUUCAUUGGAAUGGUCUGACUAUUCGGAUGAUGAUUGCACUGUUUCGGAAAGCUCUCGAUCAAUUGAUAUGCCAGAUGGUAUAAAGAAUUCACCAACGUUAUCUAAUAAGAUGAGUGUUAACAAAUUAAAUAUGUUGUAUUGUUAUAUGGAUUUAAAUUGUCAUACUGGUAUAAUGUUAUGUUCUCCGUCGAUGUACAAUUAUGAUUUGGGAGCCAAACACAUCGUUGAGAGAAUCGAAGAAAAGUUUAAUUCAACUGUUACUGUAAUUCGCGAAACAUUUAAUAGAUGUAAUCAGGACGAAACAGAAAUCAAUGAGGUCAGUGUAUUGUUCAAUGUAUCGUCCAACACUGAUAAUUCUUCUAAAAAAUCAUCAGCAUUUACAUUUUGGGUGACUGGGAAACUAUUCAAUGAACCCACGAAGCGUGAAAUUUACGUUUGUUAUGAAGACGGUACACCUCAAAACAUGGUUGAAAUUGCAUUUAAAUUGGGUAUAAGUGCAGCUGGAUAAAAAACUAGUUUUUUUAAGGCAUGAUUACCUAUUAUAUAUGAUAUAAUGUCCUAAAUUGUAGUAUUCUAUUGAUUUUAUAAAAAUAUAAAUUUGUUAAUGUUUGUAAUUAUUAUGACUAUUAUUUUUUGUUAAUACGUUACUGUUUAA